AAAUUGUUCUAUUGUUUGAUACGUUUUCAUCUUUAGAAUCGGAAAAAUUGUUUUUUGAUCAUUUUCAUUGUUUUCAAAUUCCAUUUUACAUUACUCUCCCAAAUGUCUGAGAAACCGGCUGAAAGUUUAAAACAGGAAAGCGGCACUAAUGAACAAGAUGUUGUCGCCACUGGAUCAUCAACACUACAACCGGCUGCAGCUCGGUUAGUGUCCGAACUUCAAACAAAACAUCCAUUGCAAAACACAUGGGAUCUAUGGUACUACAAGAAUGUAUCCAGUGUGUUUGAAGAGAAUCUAUUCAAUAUUACUUCUGUUGAUACUGUAGAGGAUUUCUGGGGCCUAUUCAACCACAUUGAAUUUGCAAGCAAAUUGAAUGUUAAUUGUGCCUAUUAUUUUUUUAAAAAAGGCAUACGUCCAAUGUGGGAAGAUCCAAUAAAUAAGAGUGGAGGACGUUGGUUGAUUAAUAUGAAAAAAACCUACGACAGUACCGAUAAAUAUUGGCUUGAAUUGCUAUUGUGUCUGAUUGGCGAAGGGUUCGACGAUUUCAACGAUUAUGUUUGCGGUGCUUUUGUCGUUAUCAAAAAAUCACAGGAUCGUAUCGGUAUCUGGACCAAAGAGGCCAGCAAUCGUGAUGCUAACAUGCAUAUUGGCAAUGUAAUCAAGAAACGUACCAACUACAAUGGGGGAAUCAAUUUUGAAGCACAUGAUUCGUCCAAAACUAACUUUUAUCAAGUUUGAAUUUUUCCCAUUUGUAUCAUUUUUCUAUUUGUAUUUCCUUUCUUUCAAUGAUCGUUGUCGCGUGAAAUAAAUUCAACAAAUUCAUCAAUUCA